AUUCCAGAGAGCCGAGCGAGCUAGAGCAACAAAGGAGCCGGGUAGUCGGCGGGGAGAAGUCGGGGGGCUGCGUUGCGCUCCGGCGAAGGUGGUGGCUGGGCCCCGGGCUGGCGCGGGGGCGGCGCCCGGGACUUAGUCCCGCACUCCCAUCCCGCGCCUGGCCUCCAUCGCGGGGCCCGGAGGUGGUUUUAAUGGUGGGAGCGGGGAUGGGGCUGGAGGUUGGGGGCCCAGGGGGCUCCCGGCGCUGAAGACCACUUGGAUUGCCAGGUGAAGGGGUGGGGGGUUGCGCAUCCCGGCCUGGGCCUCGGUCGCCCAACAUGGGCCCCGGCUUCCAAAGUUUGCGAAGUUGGGCGCCAAGGGCCCGCGGCGCGCGGAGCGUCCGGGGGAGCCGGGCACCGGACUCGUGGGGCGCACAGGUCGCCUGAGUCGCCUCCGCGGCCCCAAAGGUUGCGCGUGUGGCCGGGGGGCUCCGGGGAGCGGGCGGGGGCGCCAGGGCUUGUGCUGAGUUGGCGAGUUUGGCCAUGGCCGCUGCCUGCCUCGUACGGGGGCCGGAGCUCCUGCUCCUGGGGCUGCUGCUGCUGCUUCUGGGGGGCCCCGGCCGGGGGGCCGCCUUGAGCGGGAACGCGACCGGGCCUGGGCCGCGGAGCGCGGGCGGGAGCGCCAGAAAGAGCGCGGCGGUGACCGGCCCGCCGCCGCUGCUGAGCCAUUGCGGCCGGGCCGCCCCCUGCGAGCCGCUGCGCUACAACGUGUGCCUGGGCUCGGCGCUGCCCUACGGGGCCACCUCCACGCUGCUGGCCGGGGACUCGGACUCACAGGAGGAAGCGCACGGCAAGCUGGUGCUCUGGUCUGGCCUCCGGAAUGCCCCCCGCUGCUGGGCAGUGAUCCAGCCCCUGCUGUGUGCUGUGUACAUGCCCAAGUGUGAGAACGACCGGGUAGAGCUGCCCAGCCGCACCCUCUGCCAGGCUACUCGUGGCCCCUGCGCCAUCGUGGAGAGGGAACGGGGCUGGCCUGACUUCCUGCGCUGUACCCCUGACCACUUCCCCGAGGGCUGCCCGAAUGAGGUGCAGAACAUCAAGUUCAACAGUUCAGGCCAGUGUGAGGCUCCCUUGGUUCGGACCGACAACCCCAAGAGCUGGUACGAGGACGUGGAGGGCUGUGGGAUCCAGUGCCAGAACCCACUCUUCACGGAGGCCGAACACCAGGACAUGCACCGCUACAUCGCCGUCUUCGGUGCCAUCACGGGCCUCUGCACGCUCUUCACGCUGGCCACUUUUGUGGCUGACUGGCGGAAUUCGAAUCGCUACCCUGCAGUUAUUCUCUUCUAUGUCAAUGCGUGUUUCUUUGUGGGCAGCAUUGGCUGGCUGGCCCAGUUCAUGGAUGGUGCCCGCCGGGAGAUCGUCUGCCGUGCAGAUGGCACCAUGAGGCUUGGGGAGCCCACCUCCAACGAGACCCUGUCCUGCGUCAUCAUCUUUGUCAUUGUGUAUUACGCCCUGAUGGCUGGUGUCGUCUGGUUUGUGGUCCUCACCUAUGCCUGGCACACCUCCUUCAAAGCCCUGGGCACCACUUACCAGCCUCUCUCAGGCAAGACCUCCUAUUUCCACCUGCUCACGUGGUCACUCCCCUUUGUCCUCACUGUGGCAAUCCUCGCUGUGGCCCAGGUGGAUGGGGACUCCGUGAGUGGCAUCUGUUUCGUGGGCUACAAGAACUACCGAUACCGUGCUGGCUUCGUGCUGGCACCAAUUGGCCUGGUGCUGAUUGUGGGAGGUUACUUCCUCAUCCGAGGAGUCAUGACUCUGUUCUCCAUCAAGAGUAACCACCCGGGGCUGCUGAGUGAAAAGGCUGCCAGCAAGAUCAACGAGACUAUGCUGCGCCUGGGAAUUUUUGGCUUCCUGGCCUUUGGCUUUGUGCUCAUCACCUUCAGCUGCCACUUCUACGACUUCUUCAACCAGGCUGAGUGGGAGCGUAGCUUCCGGGACUACGUGCUGUGCCAGGCCAAUGUGACCAUCGGGAUGCCCACCAAGAAACCCAUCCCCGACUGUGAGAUCAAGAAUCGCCCUAGCCUCCUGGUGGAGAAGAUCAACCUAUUUGCCAUGUUUGGAACCGGUAUUGCCAUGAGCACCUGGGUCUGGACCAAGGCCACGCUGCUCAUCUGGAGGCGCACCUGGUGCAGGUUGACUGGGCAGAGUGAUGAUGAGCCCAAACGCAUCAAGAAGAGCAAGAUGAUUGCCAAGGCCUUCUCCAAGCGGCGCGAGCUGCUGCAGAACCCAGGCCAGGAGCUCUCCUUCAGUAUGCACACCGUCUCCCAUGAUGGCCCUGUGGCAGGGCUGGCCUUUGACCUCAAUGAGCCCUCAGCUGAUGUGUCCUCGGCCUGGGCCCAGCAUGUCACCAAGAUGGUGGCUCGGAGAGGAGCCAUACUACCCCAGGAUGUGUCUGUCACUCCUGUGGCAACUCCAGUGCCCCCAGAGGAAAAAGCCAACCUCUGGCUGGUUGAGGCAGAGAUCUCCCCAGAGCUGGAGAAGCGCCUGGGCCGGAAGAAGAAGCGGAGGAAGAGGAAAAAGGAGGUGUGCCCACUGGUGCCGCCCCCAGAGCUUCACCACCCCGCCCCCACCCCUGCCUCCAGUGCUGUUCCUCGACUGCCACAGCUGCCCCGGCAGAAGUGCCUGGUGGCCACAGGUGCCUGGGGAGCUGGGGAGUCCUGCCGACAGAGAGCCUGGACCCUGGUCUCCAACCCCUUCUGCCCAGAGCCGAGUCCCCUGCAGGAUCCGUUUCUGCCCAGUGCCCCCGCCCCCACCGCCUGGGCUCAGGGCCGCCGGCAGGUGCUGGGGCCCAUUCACUCCCGAACCAACCUGAUGGAGGCAGAGCUCAUGGAUGCAGACUCGGACUUCUGAGCCUGAGAGCAGGACCUGGGACAGGAAAGAGAAACACAUACUGUUCCGAGGCUCUUCCUCCUCCCUGCGAGUGCUUCCCCAGGAUCUCGUCUUCCAGAGAACCUGCGGGCCCAGUGCCUUUGCAGGAGGGUUCUAUAUGUCUGGCUCAUGGCAGCAGGACUGUGAGAAAGAGCCCGGACUGAUCCGUGGGUGGGCCUCAGCCAGGGAGAGGCCCUGGAGUUCAGGCCCUUAUCUCUUCCCUACCAGCUGGAGUCUGGCUAGCAGCACCAGUCUGCAUCAGGAUCAUGGAGUAUGCAGAGCUUUUGGUGGGGCAAAAUGGCAGAGGUAGGGGUGACAGUACGCAGCGUGGGGCUCUGGUGGCCAGGGAGGCAGAUAAAUCCCUAUCUGGCAGAUGAGUGCUGGCUGUCCUUUUCUGUGCCAAUGGGUGCCCCUUCCUGGCACUCAGACCAAAAGUGUUUAUUGUGUCACUAGUCUUUUGUCUAAGUGGGAACGCGCUCCCUGUCCCCUCUUCUAGGUGGUGAUGGUUCUAGGAGUACCUAGUCCCAUAGGAGCUAUAACCUGUCAGCAGGUAUCCAGCUGGCCCCGCCCCAGGCCAGUAACCCACCCUGUGUUCUGCACCCUCCUUUCAGUUCAACCAGGCCAGCCUCUUCCUGUUUUCUGUUUGUGGAUUAGGACCCAGAGUGCAGCCUUCUCCAUCCCACCCUGUGUGGCUGGGCUCAUCUCCAUGAGAUUGAUUCAGCCCCAGAGCCUGGCGUGGGGUAGAAGCAGAGUGAGGGGGAGCCUCUGGUCCUUGGAGAGACACGUGUUGUCUCUUUCUCAUAUCCGUCCUGUGGAGGAUGGGUCCUCUGACUUGAGGGGCUACCCUGGGAAGCUGCUGGAGCUCCAGGCAGGCAGGAAAGCUUCCUUUAAGGUCCACAACCGGUGAGUGAGGAGAUGUCCCACCUCUUAUAAGCCCCCUCCCCAUCCCCAAGGCCCCAGUUUCAAGACCUUAGGAGCAGGAAGCCUUAGGAGCUGGCUGGGUUCCAGAUCGGGGGUAGGGAUGGGGAGAAGAAAUAUAAAUAGUAAAUAAAAGGUUUUUGUAUAAA